AUGUUCGUGAAUGCUCGCUUCGCUGGUCCCAGUACACAGACUCGCUCGCGCCCUGCCAUUUUCACAGCUGCACCUCCCCGCCUAGCGCGCCUCUCCUGCGCCCGUGCCGCCUUCUUCUCCGCUCGCCUCCCGCUCGUCCCCGCCACGCGCCUAUCCGCCCCCUCGCGCCGCACCAUUGGAGGGGCCGUGCGCGUCGCGGCGACCACGUCGGGCGGGCAGGGCUCCGCGGGGUCGGUGGCGGUAGGCUCGUUCCGCGCGGGGCAAAAGCGCGCGGAGGUGCGCCUGCCUGCGCUGCUUCUGACGCUGACCAGCGCGGAAGUCCUGCGAGGAGGGGCGCAGGGCAGCGCGGAGGCGGUGGAUGCGGCGGUGGCGGGGGGCGCGACCAUGGUGGUGGUGGGGGAGGAGGGCGCGGGCGGCGCGGGCAUGGAGCUGUUCGAGGCGGCGUGCGCCGUGAAGGAGGUGGUGCGCGGGCGCGUGCCGCUGCUCGUGGCGGAACGCGCGGAUAUCGCCGCCGCUGCCGGCGCGGAUGGCGUGCUGCUGUCCGAUAACGGUGCGAUGCGGGCGCGCGGAGGGGGUGCGAUGAGCGUGGGGGGAGGGCCCUCGCCUCUCUUGGGCACAGCCCUUCAUCCGCCCCCAUCGCUCUCCCUUCUUCUGAAACCCGCUGCCUAUGUGGCAUCCCGCCACACCUCUCGCCGUCCCUUCACCCUCCGUCCUCUCACGCCUAUCUCUGCCACUCCCCUCCUCUACCCUCUGCCUCCCCGCUUCUCUCCGUGCUCGCGCCCCUCUGCCCCUUGGCCCCUCGCCUCGCCCCAUGCGUGCGCCCAUCCCCCAGGCCUACCAGCAGUGGCGGCGCGGCGCAUGAUGGAGAGUGCGGCGUCGGGCCCGCUGCUGCCACUCGUGGCGCGCCGAGUGGCGUCCGUGGCCGCCGCAGUCACCGCCACCACCGCUGACGGCGCCGACCUCAUUCUCCUCGCGCCCUCCGCUGCCGUGCCAGUAGUGGGCGCUACCAGUAGUGCAGCCUCCGCUGAUGCGGCGGCGGUGGCGCAGGUGAGGGCGCGGCAGGUGAGCAUCCCUGUGCUGGUGCAGCGGGGGGAGGGGAGCGCGUGGGCAGGGGGGGAGGGCGUGCAGUGGGUGCGCGGCGUCAUGGGCAGCGGCGCUGCUGGCGUGGCCGUCUCACUCUUCUCGCUGCUGCAGGCGGAAGCGGCAGAACCAGCUGAAGCAGCCGAGGGAGCGGAAGGAGCAGGAGCAGGGGAAGUAGGGGGUGUGGGAGGUGGCGGGGAGAGCAGGGCGAUGCGGGCAGCGGUGGGGCGCGUGGUGGGCGCCAUGGCGGAUGCACGGUGGGUCACCAAGGGCAUGGGGGAAGGCGCGGGGGGGGAGAGUGAGACGGAGAGUGAGGGGGAGAAUGAGGAGGAGGGGGAGGAAGUGGGCAUGGGAGUGGGAGGUACAGCUGGGGAGGAGGGCAGCGGGCGUGGGGACGAGGAGGAGGGGAGGGAGGAGGUGGAGCAGGUGCUGUCUGGCGUGGGAGGGCCUCCGGGGCCCGCUGCUGCCAGCGCUGUGGCGGGGGAGGAUGUGCGCGUGCAGGGGGCAGGGGAGGGGGAGGAGGUGAAGGAGGAGGAAGUGGAGGAGGAAGGGGAGGGCAGGGAGGGGCGGGGGUUGCUGGACGUGGAGGGGCGGCGCAUCAUGAAGGCUGAGAGGAAGCUGCUCACCUCGCUGCUCGCCCUGCUCCGUACUGCUUGCCCCGAUAUGGCGGAGAUACAGCUGUUGGAGGACUCACUCGCGCGCCUGGGGGAACCAUUCCUCGUCGUUGUCGUGGGCGAGUUCAACUCGGGCAAGUCAUCACUGGUGAACGCGCUGCUGGGGGACGCGUUUCUCAAGGUGGGCGUGGUGCCCACCACCAACGAGAUCACGCUGCUGCGCCACCUCGACUCCUCGCCCGCCUCCCAGCUGCGCGCACGUGCCGCCCAGGCCGCCUCCAGUGCAGCGCUGUCGGCGGCAGCAGCGGGGUCGCAGAGGGGGGCGGUGGCGGGGAGGGCAGCAGCGAGGGCGGUGGCGGGGCGCAUGGCGGUGGAGGAGCAGCGCCACCCCGACGGCCACAUGAUCCGCUUCCUGCCUGCUGACCUCCUCAAACAGAUGAACGUGGUGGACACGCCCGGCACCAACGUCAUCUUGGAGCGGCAGCAGCGCCUCACAGAGGAGUUCGUGCCCCAGGCUGACCUCGUGCUCUUUGUGCUCUCCGCUGACCGCCCCCUCACCGAAUCAGAGGUGUCAUUCCUGCGGUACAUCCGGCAGUGGGGCAAGAAGGUGGUGUUUGUGCUCAACAAGGUGGACUCGCUCUCCUCGCCAGCCGACGUGCGCGAGGUGCAGGAGUUCGUGACGGCCAACGUCAAGCGCCUGCUGGCCGUCGACACCGUGCUCUGCUUCCCCCUCGCCUCGCGCCCCGCCCUCGCCGCCAAGCUCCUCCAUAACGCGCCCUACCCCUUCCCCCCCGCGCCCUCGCCCGCCCUCGCCUCCUCCUCCUCCGCUGCCGCCCUCCCGCCACGCGACCCCGCGGCCCAGGCAGCAGCCGCCCGCCUGCGCAACGACCCCUCCUACCAGGCCUCAGGCUUCGCCGCCCUCGAGAUCUUCAUCCAGCAGUUCCUGGAAGGUUCCUCGGACGCCGGGGCAGAGCGGCUACGGCUGAAGCUGGACACGCCGCUGGGAGUGGCGUCGGCGCUGCUGGCGGGCGCCGAGGCGCAGCUGGCGGCGCAGGCGCAGGCGGCAGCGCGGGACGACGAGGCACUGGCAGCGGUGGAGGCGCAGAUGGAGGGGUACGGCGCCGCCAUGCGCACGGACUCGCUGCUGCAGCGCGCCCGCGUGGCCGCGCUCGUGCGGGAGGCGGCAGGCAGGGCGGAGGAGUUUGUGGAGGCCACGCUGCGCCUGGGCAAUGCUGACGUCAUGCUGCAGUACCUGUUCUCGCCGCCCGGAGGGGGUGGCGGGGGCGGAGGUGAUGGGGCGAGUGGCAGUGGCGGCAUGCUGCCUGUGAGCAAGAGCUUCCAGACUCAGAUCGUGGGCACCGUCGUGGCUGACGUGCGCAGAGCGCUGGUGGAGCACCACGUGUGGCUGCGCUCCAACAACGCCCGCCAGCUCGCCAGCUACCGCGACUUCGCCCGCACCCGCUGGCCUGACGUGCCACCCGCCUCCCUGCCGCCAGGCAGCGACGAGGAGGGCGAGGGGGAGGGCGAGGAGGGGAGGAUCCCCGAGACGGUUGGCAUUCUGGAGGGGUUCAGCCCGCGCGCUGCUGCCCUGCUGCUGGAGGAAGAAAUGCGGGAGUCGCUUUACCUUUUGCUGCCGUGCCUUGCAAUUCUCUCCCCUUCCCUGUUACGGUACCACAUUUUCACUUCCCCAUGCCAUCCUGUCUUCACCUCCUGCGUGCGGCACGACCACAACACGGGUCAUGGCAUGGCACAGGUGGUGAGCACGGUGACAGGGCUGGGCGUGGCAGGGGUGUCGGCGUCGGUGCUCACAGCCGUGCUGCAGUCGUCACUGGAGGACCUGCUCGCCCUCACCGUCUGCACUGCUGGCGGCUCCCUGAACGUGCUCACCUUCCCGCAGCGGCGGGAGAAGGUGAAGGGCAAGAUAAGGCAGCGAGCAGCGGGGCUGAUCAAGCGCCUGGAGGAGGGGCUGGAGGGCGAGCUGCAGAGCCGCCUGGCUGACCUCGAGACACGCAUCCGCGCCGAGCUUGCGCCAUACCGCCGCGCUGUGGAUGAUGAGCUUGUGCGCGUGGAUGCCCUGCAAUCACAGCUGCAGACGUCCACUCAGCAGCUCGAGGAAUUAAGGCAACGGGUUCGCAAUCUUGCCGUCUAA